CCUACAUAAAGAGAGAAUGACUGGCAGGCAUGUGCUCCUUGCAGCACCAUUUCUGUAUGUUCUUCUAAGUAUAUAGUAAGUCAUUUAAUUUCUGCAUAUACAGUUGUCAAGCCUCUGGAUGCUACAUGGAUGCUACCAUGUGCUCCUUGCAGCACCAUUUCUGUAUGUUCUUCUAAGUAUAGUAAGUCAUUUAAUUUCUGCAUAUACAGUUGUCAAGCCUCUGGAUGCUACCAUAUGUAUAUGUUGCCAUUGCCACUACAACAUAUAGCUUACUAGAACAUCUAUGGUGUGGAGGCACAUUGAAAGGAUGGUGGAAUGAUCAGAGACUCUGGCUAUACAAGAGAUUGACUUCUUACCUAUUCGCCUUCUUUCAAACCAUCUUGACAUUUGUAGGAUUCACCAAGUCAGGUUUUGUAGUCACAGCAAAAGGUUCAGAUAAUGAAAAUGUCAGUCAAAGAUAUGAGCAAGAAAUCAUGGAGUUUGGCACUUCAGCUGCCUCAUCAUCAACACCUAUGUUCUAUGUUUUAGCAACCAUAGCACUGUGGAACCUUUUCUGUCUAGGAGAUGUCAUGUUAAGGGUUAUUAUGGAUCCACAUGAGGCUGCAGUUAUUGUAGAAUCUCUUGGUAUUCAGAUUCUUUUAACGGGGUUAAUAGUAAUCGUUAACUUGCCUUUAUAUGAGGGGCUUUUCUUGAGGAAUGACAAGGGAUGUAUGCCCUUUGUUGUCACCUGUAUUUCUCUUGUCUUAGCUACCUUUUUGUAUCUGUUAGCCAAAUACUGAUCAUUUCACACUUCUCAGUUCUCAGUUCAUGUCUGUACUCUGUUGUACUGUUGCACCACUGUAUGUAAUAAUAAA